GUAUCGCUCACCUUCGCCCUACUUAGACUCGGUCAAACUUACACGAAAUCCAACCAAGAGUGCCAGAUGUACUGCAAUGUAAUCAUCGGCUGGCUGAUCGACACUCUUGUUGCUUCUGUGCUCGGCGCCCCUGAUGAUGAGCGUGUUACUGUUGCAAGCAUCUCGAGCUUCUGGGCUGUAUUUCCUGACGGCGCGUCGUCGUGCUUGGUAUGACAGCGCAAGCGUGGUCAACGCUUGAGACGGAGGCGGCAGCAUAGGGUGUGCUGUUCAAUUAUUGUGCGCCUGCUAUUGUUCUCCGCCUCUACCUUUGCCGGCUCUCAGCCCGACAUAAGGCUUAUAGGAUAGUAUGAAAGCCCAUGUCCCGUCCAUCCUUCCUCCUUGCAACGUUCACGACCACUCAUGAGCCCGCCGAUGUCUCCCUACGAUCCCAAAUACACCUGGGAUCGCAACCCUUCUCGCCAGGCCCCUCUUGCUGUCACUGUGCCACCUCCAGACUACCCCGUCGAGACCUCUCAUUUCUCUCCAGAAUCUCACCGUUCGUCUAAGCUCUCGCGCGCCCUGCACACGCGCUCUCGCUCAGAUUGGACGAACACCCUUACCCUCAAGUCGUUCACGAACGAUCCCGAACUCGGGAAGACACAACCUCCCCAGACGCCGCGCACCCGCGAUCGCCUCACGAAGUUCCUCUUUGAUCUACGCAUGCCGUCACGAAAUGCACGGCAGGAGUGGCUGCCUAUGCAGGAGCCUCCGCUACAGCCAUGGCCGCCUCUGGAGGUCGAGAAACACCGUCACGGUUUCUGCGACGAGUGCCAGGAGCGCAAUGAUCGGCGAAGGCGUAACAGGGCGGUCCUCUUCGCGCUCGUCAUUCUGCUGCUCUACCUUCUGGGGAACGUCAUCUUCCUGAAUGUCCGUGUUGUGCGCCUCUCACAGCCUCUUGCCACAUCCGCUACCUCUCCCGCCGCGACUACCACAGCAAGUCCUUCAGAGUCCACUGCGCUCUCAGCGGACGCACAGUCCUGCUUGUCUCAGUUCGCCUUGAAUGCGCCUGCGAAUCCUCAGUCGUACCCCUGCUCCACAUGCCUCUCUGUCCUGCAGAACAUCCCUUCGAACGUCACUUCCGCCAGUGCACAGGAUGCUCAGCAGGCUCUCAGCGCAGUGCAGUUUUGUGGCCUCCGGAGUAUCUUUGAGACUGCCGACAGCGAGGGACAAACUGGCUUGUCGAACGGUGGAUGGGUAAAGGACAUUCGCUUCUGCGCGUGGUCAGGAGUGCAGUGCGAUGGGUUCGGGCGCGUGUCAAGCAUACAAUUGUCUUUCCCGGGCGUUCCUGCAAAGAUCCCCGACGAGGUCACCGCGUUGACGGGUCUUACCAGCUUACAAAUCGUUGGCGACACAAACGUCCCUGCUGGAGAUCUUCCUGCAUCGUUCGGCUCGCUGACGGCACUCACCAACCUUCACUUGGAGUCUACCGCGAUCAAUGCUCUGCCUUCCGCAAUGCUCAAUUCGCUGAACAUGCUGAAAACGCUGGUUUUGGUGAAGAAUGGCAAUAUGACCGGCGACAUGACACCCGGAAUCGCGUCUGUUGCUCUCGUCAAUCUUGUCAUCAACAACCAACCUCUAUCAACGGACCCCAUCUCUGCAUUGCUCGCUAGUUCAUUCACAAGUUCAAAGCUCCAGACACUUGAUCUCUCCUCUACCUCCCUCAGCGGCAGCCUCCCUUCUGACCUCUCCGCCUUCACGUCCCUCGUUGAGCUCCACCUCGACAACAAUUCCCUGACGAACCCGCUUCCCGCCAGGUUUCCUGACACCCUGCAGGCGCUGACGCUGACGAACAACUCGCAGCUCGAAGGCGCCGUCGCGUCGGGCACGUCAUUGUGCGGCCUGGCGCAGCUGAAGACGUGCGACGUGCGCGGGACGGGGCUUAGCGCUCAGGACGGCUGUGGCGUUUGCCAGUUCUCGUAGUGCGUGCGGGACACGCACCACUCGGUGCUCGAUUGUUCUUCUCGUGAGCUUGUGGACAUCCUCCCUCAGUCAUUACUAUCGUCAUAUGAUCACGUUCUGCUUCCGACGGAGCCACUGUGUGGCGGACGUUACUAUGGACGACUGCGCGCCUCAUCACGCUACCUGCAUUCACAUAUGUAUCCCUACUCAGUGUUUUCUUUCACAACAUGGUCCAUAUAUCAUGACAGUCACGACGCUCCUUACGCUUUUGAUUCACACCUUGGUUCACGCAUGUCUCCUCUCCAAGUAGUGCUUCCGUAAUACGAUUACUGUAGAUCCACUGUAGCAAAAGCCAUUCUGCACGCACCUAGAAUAGUAUACUAUACCAUAUACUCC